UUGCAGCAGAGCAGUGGGUCCAGACCAGUCUCCACGGGGUCCACUUCACACUGUUCAACGUGGAAUCCCCUUUCCCAAUAGCCAUGCCGCGAGGUUCUCAACUCAAAACUCUCUGCUUCACAGUACUGUUCAUAUUCCUCUCUCUCGUCGUUCCUAAGCUAUCUAUCAUCUCUGCUCUCUACAAUGGGUGAGAAGCCAAAUCCCAAUGCCAAUGCGAAACCGGUUUCGACGAUCGGUUCAUCGGUCAUUCCAAUAAUCAAUAAGCUGCAGGAUAUCAUUGCUCCGGUCGGCUUCGAAUCUUUCAAUAUAUCGUUGCCGCAGGUGGCGGUGGUUGGUAGCCAGAGCAGCGGGAAGUCUAGCGUCCUUGAAGCACUUGUUGGUCGUGACUUUCUUCCUCGUGGUUGUGAUAUUUGUACUCGUAGACCACUGGUUUUGAUGCUGGAGCAUUGUUCGGUAAGUCCUGAUGAUGAUGGCGCUGAGUGGGGCGAGUUUCGACACUUGCCUGCCAGGCGUUUCUAUGAUUUCUCCAAAAUUCGCAGAGAGAUUCAGGCUGAGACAGAAAGAGUAGCAGGUUUUAACAAGGGAGUUUCGGAUAAACAAAUUCGAUUGAAGAUUUCUUCUCCAAAUGUUCUGAAUAUGACCCUUAUAGAUUUACCUGGCAUUACCAAGGUUCCUGUGGGAGAUCAACCGAGUGAUAUAGAAGCAAGAAUUAGAAAGAUGAUAAUGGCCCAUAUCACCCAAGAAAACUGUAUCAUAUUAGCAGUUACCCCAGCCAACUCGGAUUUGGCUAAUUCUGAUGCUCUUCAGAUGGCUAGAGAAGCUGAUCCAAAGGGUUCUAGGACAAUUGGUGUAAUAACAAAGCUUGAUAUAAUGGACAGAGGAACUGAUGCAUGUAACUUUCUGCUUGGAAGAGUUGUUCCACUUCGCCUAGGUUACAUUGGUGUUGUGAAUCGCAGUCAAGAGGAUAUUAACUAUAACCGGAGCAUUCAAGAUGCACUUGUACGCGAGGAGCGGUUCUUCCAUGAUCAUCCUGUAUAUAAUGGCCUCUCUGAUAAAUGUGGAAUUCCCCAAUUAGCAAAGAAGCUGAAUCAGAUCUUGGAACAGCAUAUCAGAAUGGUUCUUCCAAAUUUGAAGGCUGAGUUGAAUGCUCGUAUGGUUGUUGUGUUAAAAGAGCUGCGUGCAUAUGGUGAAGACAUGGAGUCAAAAGCAGAACAAGGUCAAGGAGUCAUUCUGUUGAGCAUCCUAAGAAGAUAUUGUGAAGCCUUUACUGCAAUGGUGGAUGGAAAAAGUCAGGAGAUUUUGACAACGGAGCUGUCUGGAGGAGCCAGGAUACACUACAUUUUUCAGUCAAUUUUUCUGAAGGGCUUGGAGGAAGUAGAUCCUUGUGAAGAUCUAACCGAUGAUGAUAUUCAAAUAGCAAUUCAAAAUGCUAAUGGUCCUAGAAGUUCUUUGUUUGUGCCCGAGGUUCCGUUUGAAGUUUUGGUUAGAAGACAAUUGGCACGACUGUUAGACCCCAGCCUCCAAUGUCUAAGAUUUGUUUAUGAUGAAAUGAUAAAGAUCAGCCAUUCUGUUCAAGCAACUGAAUUACAGAGAUAUCCAUAUUUGAGAAGGCGUCUAGAUGAAGUUAUUGGAAAGUUCUUGCAUGAUGGUGUAAAACCGGCUGAGAGAAUGAUAACAAACAUUAUUGAGAUUGAGAUGGAUUACAUAAAUUCUUCACAUCCAAGAUUUAUCGGUGGGGAAAAAGCUGUUGAACUUGCCACGCAACAACUUAAAUCGUCACAGGAAAUUCGUUCCCAGUCAAAUAAUGACAAAACAUCAACUGCAGGUAAUACUGCAGGUGCUAAUUCAUCCAGGAGUUGGAGCAUUUUCGGAAGCAAGGCAUCUUCUAUGGAGAAUUCAUCUAGCAGAUCUGUUGGUCGAACUUUUCAUGAUACAGAGCAUUCAUCCGACAAGUCUCGUUCAUCAUCAACAAUCAAAUUGAGAGAGCCUCCAUCCGUACUGAGGCCAUCAGAAGUGACAGACCAUGAAGCAAUGAAAAUAAUUGCAACCAAAUUGCUUUUGAGGUCAUACUAUGACAUAGUCAAGGAGAGCAUUCAAGACUUAGUUCCUAAAGUUAUAAUGCACUACUUGGUCAAUCAUGCAAAAAGGGAACUUCACAACACUUUGAUACAAAAACUUUACAGGGACAACCUUUUCGAAGAGCUAUUGCAGGAAGAGGAUGACAUUGUUGCAAAAAGAAAACAUGCUCGGGGACUUUUCCAUGUUUUGGAACAAGUAAUUCAGACACUGAAUGGGGUUGAAUCUGAAGUGUCAUAUAGACAUUCACAUUCAAGCAUCGGUAGUACUGAUUCUAUCACAGGAUUGCCUCGAUGAUACUCAUCCCAUCUUCAAUCAAGAACAGCUGGUGGUUAGGCUUUGAACGGCUAAGGCUCUGUUUGGGAGAGGGGACAAGAAUUGGUAGAAAAUUGAACUGAGCACUGAAUGUGCUGCAGUGAGCUGCUCCCACACUGUGAGCAAGUGCAAUGGCAAAGCCUGUAUACACACACGCUAGCAGAAUAGAAAAGUAAAGAGCCAGAAACUCAAAUUAACAAAACUACUCUCGAUUCUUCAGAGGAGAAACUUUUUAUGAUUUCAACGAUAGUAAGACUUGUAUCUAAAAUAUUAGGUCUCACAUUUGCUGCUGUUGUUGCCCUCCCAUCUCUCCUACCUUUUGGAAUCUGGAUGAUAGAUCCUCCAAUCUGUUUGCAUAUAGAAUAAUCAACCAAAAAAAAAAAGAAAAAGAAAAAAGGCAGAUAAAACAGUAAUGGAAUAACAUGAACGCCAGAAUUCUUGCAAUGGCACCAGCAUCUCUGGGUGCUAAACAGUCCCUGGACAGAUUAGUUCAAGUAUUCUUUUAGCUGAAUCCAUAACAGAAAAAAGCUCCAAGAGACUGGUUUGCUGGAUCACUUAGCUUUGUUUCGUUUCCUUGUAGCAGCACCAAUGCACUGAUGCGGCACAACAUUGCAACCAUUUCAGUUUUAUAUUCUGCUGUGAUGAUAAAACCA